AUGAGUGGGAAACUGGCGGAAGAUUUCGCCGCCUUCAAGAUUGCAGAAGAAGGGCAGGUCGCCCGGUUGCAGGAUCUGAGUUAUCAAAUCAAGGAUUUGGUUGGUAAAUAUGAUGAUGCCGUCCGGGAUCUCGAAAUUGAGCGGGUUGCGAGACGUUUUACGCAACAAGACGCAGAUGAGUCGCGCGUCAAACUCGAAGAGUUGCAGCAAUCCAUGGAGCGAAGUUCAUUUGUUCUAGUCUUGAUUGACGCCGAUGCCGAUUCGUAUAUCUUCAAAGAUGAAUACUAUGCCGACGGUGAAGGUGGUAGAAAGGCAGCCCUUGAUCUAAGCGAUGAAGUCCGAAGUUUUCUGCAAGCAAGCAGACCUGAAUUGCCGGAAUGCCCUAUCGUGAUCAAGGCAUAUGCUAACGAGGCUGGUUUGUCCCACUUUCUCGCUUCAUCUGGCGUCAUCAAUGCACCGCGUGAUCUAGUGGAAUUCGCAAAAGACUUCACGCAAGCAUCCGAGUAUACCGACUUUUUGCUCGUUGGUAGUGGUAAAGAUCGGGCGGAUAAGAAGAUUUCAGAAGCAGGUUGUUUCAAGCAGUUUGUCGGAAACCCUACAUGUCGUCAUAUCAUCUUUGGGGCUUGUCAUGACAACUCUUAUGUGCGACUGUUGGAGGAUUAUGCCCAUGACGAUUCCAUGGUUGAUCGAGUUACCCUUCUCCAUGGUCUUAGCGUUGGUCGAGAAUUCCGUGAUCUGCCUUUCAAAAGUUUCCAGAUAGAAAAUGUUUUCAAAUCUAUACCGGUGCAGAACCUGGCACCAACGCCAGAACUAUCGGCAUCGGUUUCGAGUUCUUCGUCGUGGGCCUCUACGGUGGGGUCAAAAGCAGAUGCGAGUUCUCGAAAGACUAAAGCAGAGAGGUCGGUACGGUUGAACUCUGCCGGAUGCAGAAUUGACGACCACCUGCGAAAACCCAAGCAACAAGCUUUGGAUAGCUGGCAACACAAGGUUGUGCUUGCAAAGGAGGGAAAGCGGCCUCGGCAGCGAUCAAUCCAAAAACAAGAUCCCCCAGUUGCCUCACCAGGUGAUGUUCCAAACGCGAUCGGUUCACUUGCACUGGAACAUUUGCAGUUGGAGGAGCCGUGCGGACCGACACUACGCUGCCACUUCCACGACGGAAAAACAGUGGAUAAGAAAUGGACAUGUUGUGGUGCGCAUGUGUCAGGGCCUCCUUGCAAGCACGAAAAGAAUCACCAGCCUGAGCAAUCUACCCUCAAGGAGAUGUCCUCUCGUUGGCAAUACUCUGUAACGCCAGUCACAACAAGAAGGGAUGCGCGCAAAGCGGUUGUGAUCGACUGCGAAAUGGGCACAGCAGCAUCCGGCGAUUGCGAGUUGAUCCGACUCACAAUCAUCGAUUAUUUUUCCAGCCAAGUCCUGAUCGAUAACCUCGUUUGGCCUGACGUCCUGAUGAGCCACCUGAACACCAAGUAUUCUGGAGUAACCUGGAAGUCAAUGCGCGAAGCACGGAAUGCAAAGAGGUGUAUCUUUGGUCGCAAGAAUGCUCGGGCUUUGAUAUGGAAAUUCGUAGGACCAGAAACAAUCAUCAUUGGACAUGGUGCAAACUCGGAUCUCACUUCAUUGCGUUGGAUUCAUCCUCGAAUUAUUGACACGCUUGUUGUUGAAGGAAACAAUCAUGAUGGUAACACACAGGGUCUAUCGCUGAAAAAGCUUGCGGAACUACGUUUACAGAGAGUGAUACAGAAAGGGAAAGAGCAUGAUAGUCUCGAGGAUGCAAUUGCUACCCGGGACCUGCUCCACUGGAACGUCAUGAGAAUGGUUGUAGGAAAUACAGAGGCUUAA